AUGGACGUGAUUAAACCUAGCCCUGUUUUGAAGUUUAAUGAAAAUCAGUUGCAAACAGUUCGAAAAUCCCUCGGAUAUGAAGACAUAAAUCGAUUAAAGCAGGAUAUAAAACAAUUUGAUGACUGGAUUCAGAAGCAGAGCCACUUCAGGACUAAAAACUUUGAUCCUGAGUUUUUGGAGCGUUUAUUAAUAUAUAAUAAAGGACACAUCGAGAGGGCCAAGAAAAAGUUUGAUAAACUAUGUACAUGUCUUAAUCUAAUGCCGGAUUAUCUUAUAGGAUUGGACCCGAAACAUGAAUUUAUUCCACUUUUCGAAGUUUUUGAAAGUUUCCUGCUGCCAAUGCCUACUGAUGAAAACUACAGAGUAGUGUUUAUCGUAGCAACUGGCCGUGAACACGAGGAUUAUCAACUUAUACAUUUCUAUAGAUAUUUAUUUGUGAUUAUAUAUUAUUUUUUAACUCACGACUACUGCCAGGGCUUCGAAAUAGUGUCUGACAUAAGAAAGAUUACCGCCAAAACUAUAACGACGAUUAAUCCAAUGGUAUUACACAAGGGCCUGAUGUUACUUACCGAUUGUUUAGGACAAAGAAUAAAAAAAAUACAUUUCUUUAACAAUUCCAAAUUCUUCGAAGCGGUUCUUUUCCUCACUAAGCAAGCUUUGUCUGCUAAAUUAAAAGAAAGAAUUGUAGUACAUUCAGAUUAUGAAGGUUUGUACAACCACAUACCAAAAGAACAUGUUCCAAAGGACUACGGUGGAGAUGCCUUGUCUGUUAAAGAAUUAACUGACAAUUUGCGCAAGGAACUGAGCUCCGAUGAGCAUAUAGCUUAUUUGAAGUUCAUGGAGCAAGCAGCAACAGAUGAAUCUUGUCGAUUACCAUGCGCUUUUAAUGAAGAAUAUUCUGGAAUGCCUGGGUCGUUCAAAUCAUUAACUGUAGAUUAA